AUGCUAAGGAAAAAUCCAGACCACCGACCUCAAGAUGCUGAGCUGUUGAGACAUCAACAUUUGCAAACAAACCUCCUCUUGUGUCACAACCCAUCAUCUGCGUUUCUUCCUGUGAAGUCCCCGAGCAGAGCGAAAGAGAAAACACGACCAUCACCUGGAAAAUCUAUCAGUCCGAGAGGUAGCAGAGACAGACAGUUAAAGCUAAAAGAGAAGAGAACUGUCUUUUACUUUUACGAAAGUGAUAACAUUCAGCCAAGAAACUUAUCUGACAAUUAUAACACGUUCCGAGCCAAACUUGACACUAAGAGAGUCGAUCCAACAAGCUACUCGGUUAGGAUCUCUCAAGAUAGUGAGGAUUCUAAAUGUGGGGUGAUGAGUGAGGCAGCUGUUUGCAAUGUAUAUGAUCAACAGAAGACUAUCUCACAAACAGACACUACGAUCACUCCAAGCUCGUCAAGUUCAAGGGCAAAAACAUGGUCCGAGGAACAAGGGCAUGUUUCUCCGGAGCAUGUUAGUCGAUUUGACGAGGGUGAUACGAUGAAUAACAAGACAAAAGAGCUUGAGGUGUUGAGCAGUCCACUGGACCAUGAGGAAGCAGAUAUAGUGGAAUGUAUCUCCGCAAAAUCUAGCAGAAUGACAUUGUCUGAUGGAAGAUUCAACGAUAAAACACGAUCCUUCGGUGAAGAAAGCACUUCAUCUAAUUUACAGUCGGCAAAACCAGAUCCAGAGGCAGCACCAAGAUGCUGUGUUGCUGAAACUGAAAAUGGUAGCGAGUGUAGAGAAGUUGCUAUUGACUGCUUGUCAAAUGAAAGCGAUGGUUCACUUCUACCCAAAGACAAGCUAGAAAAGAGAGGAACCGCGGUUUAUGACACCAAAAAGGCUAAGAAAGACGCUCUUAGAGCACUGGAUGAUAAGGUUUCGCAGCUCAAGUCAUUAGCCGCAUUAGCUAGUAAGGAGGACAAAGACGACUGGGGUAAUCCCACUGAACAAAGAGCUGAAGCUUUAGAGUCUCUUUUGGAGGUUUGUGCGCGACUACUUAAGCAGGAAAAAAUCAAUGAGCUUGCUGGUUUGCUGAAACCAUUCGGGGAUGAUGGAAUGUCGUCUAGAGAAACAGCAAUCGGGUUGACAAAAAGUCUCACGACUGCACAAAAGUUGUCCAAGGGGUCGUGA